AUGUUGCAAUCACUGAAGUUGAGAUUCAAUGAUUUGCCCAAGACCAUUCCCAAGGAAGUACUCACCGGCCGGCGCCCUGUCAAUCUCUUAGGCGCCGAAGCAUGUGCUUAUGAUGUUGCUGAGGCCCUGGUAUCCGGUGGCGUACUUCCCGAAGCCAUCUACAAUCAUGCUGUGAAACUUUUUGGUCGAGAGGGAGCGGCUGAACUUAUCUACCUAACUGGCGUGUACUGCCUCGUCGCGGUUACGUUGAAUGGGUACGAUGUGAAAGCACCCACAGCGCAUUCUGUUACGCCUGCAGAGACCACCCGUCCAAGUGAGUACCAGACACUCAAUCCAGUGACGGAAAAGGUUGAGAAAGUAUUCCCCGAGACAACAGAUGCAGAGGUCCAGGCCGCAUUGGACACGGCGCAAAAGGUCCACCAAAAUGACUGGCGGCUGCGUCCUGUGACUGAAAGAGCAGGUCUCGUUGCCCAAGCUGCUUUCAUUCUACGUCAACAAUCAGAAAAAUUUGCUCAGCUCAUGACCCGUGAAAUGGGCAAGCUUAUCGAUCAGUCUCGGUACGAAGUUGUCCUCACAGCCGACAUUUUGGAGUACUAUGCCUCUCAUGGAGAGAAGUUUCUGGAGCCCAAACUGGAGCCUGAGGCGCCGGGCGUCGUUCUUGCAACCGAGCCAAUUGGUGUCAUCCUCGCUAUCGAGCCCUGGAAUUUCCCUCUGUACCAACUGGUUCGUGUUGCAGCUCCGCAAGUGGUUGCCGGCAAUGUUGUCAUAUUCAAACACGCCCCCAGCGUCCCACAAUGCGCACUAGCGUUUGCCCACCUCUUUGAGGAAGUGGGCUUUCCCACCGGAGUUUACACCAACUUGCUUUGCACUGUCGAUCAAGUUCAUAUGUUAAUCGAUGACUUCCGCGUUCGUGCAGUAACGCUGACUGGAAGUGAGAGAGCCGGUGCAUCGGUGGCAGAGCGAGCAGGACGAAAUUUGAAGAAGGUUGUUCUUGAACUCGGCGGGAGUGAUCCACUCGUUGUGCUUCCAGAUGCAGACUUGGAGGAUGCCCUCAAUCAGGGUGUCAUGGGCCGUAUGAUCUGCAUGGGCCAGGCAUGUGUCGCCUCCAAGAGGUUCAUCGUCAUCGGUCAAGAACGGGGCAAGCUGUUCCUUGACGGUAUGACUCGGCGUAUGGGAGCUCUACAGGCAGGAGAUCCAGCAGAUAGUAAAACGUCGUUAGGCCCGUUGGUCUCAGAAAGAGCACUGAACGAUCUCCUAGAUCAAAUUGAGAUGGCGAAAGCGAAUGGAGAUCAUGUCGUCCUGGGUGGAAAACGAAUGAAUCGGCCAGGCUGGUACCUCGAACCGACCAUCACCACCGACAUCAGUCCCGAAAAUCCUUUCUUCCAACAGGAAGCAUCCGGUCCAGUAGCUUCUUUCUAUGUGGUUGAUACCGAAGAAGAGGCCAUUCAAUUGGCCAACGCGACUAAGUUUGGACUCGGCGGGGCAGUCUUUGGUGCAGAUGUUAUACAUGCCUAG